AUGUACUCAGCACCUUGUACCCUGCGCGAGGUGGCACUGCAUGAGCUGGUACGACGGCCAUGGGUUGAGCUACAGGAAUACUACGGACCUGUGGAGAUGUCCAAGAUAGCUUUUGAGAUCGUCGAGGAUUUCUACGAGGCUUCGAGACGUUGCACACUGCCGAAGCUACAGCGAGACAUCUUUAGCUACUUAGAGAUCCACUACUUGCACCGCAUCAGCUUCACGGUAUAUGUGCAAAUGUUCGAUAACCUCAUGGCUUCGAAGGAGUUUCUGGGGAUGCGGGAAAGUUUUAAGUGUGCCAUGACCCGAUACGACCCCGAACAGGGCCAGAUACCACCCGAGAUCGUCUACCGCUUUGGUAUUACGGCUGCUAUUGAGCUUCAAGACUAUAAAGGUGUGAAGACGCUGAUGCGCGAUAUGGAAGCCAAUGGUGUCAAGCCUUCCAUUGAAAUCGUGACUCGAGUAAUGGUUGCUCAAGCGACGAAGGGCGAUUUAAAGACUGUAGUGGAGGCAGCAAAGAAACUGGACACGCAAGACGGAAGAAAGUGGCAUGAGGCCGACGUGAACCGCGUUAUCACUAGUCUGGGUCUCGCUGGAGAACCCGAUCUGGCAUUGGAUUUCUUCCGAAGAUCGCAAUCACGCUUGACCUCAAAAACACUCAUGAAACUAUUGGCCGUGUGUCGUGGGAACGCGCGGCCUAAACAUGCACUCGCCCUGUUGGCAAACCGCCGUCGCUUCGGAGUAAAAAUGUUGCCAGCACAGUAUCCGACGUUGCUUGAGAUUGUUGAAGAACUGGAAAUUGGAGGUGGUCCUGCGAAUGAGUUAGUACUCAUUCUCCAAGAGAUGCAGGACAACGACGUGUCAUUCAACCAUCGCGUGCAUGCUUUGAUUGCUCGUAACCAGGAGCUUCUGAACGGGACAUCGUUCAUGUUGACCCCGUCACUCUCGCAGGCCAGCGACGCGCAUACUGAACGUCAGCCACGAACGAAAGAGGCAGAUGUUCCCUUGCUCAAUGAGUUUCUGAACGCCCGCAAGUUCGCUCAGGCUGCGGCAAUUGUUGACUCGUACGUCUUACCCGUGAGCGACGAUUUAAAGGCAGAUGAUGAACAUCAAGAGGCAAACAAAAUCCCAGACGAAGAGGGUAGGAUCGUUCCGCCUUGGUUGUCGGAUAUGGCGGUCGAGGCUUAUUCGCAGAACCAUGAGAUUGACAAAGUGCGUUCCCUUCUGCGGGGAUUCAAGUGCGUGCGCGGGGACUUUAAACAUGCACUCUCGCGUAUUGUCGGUGUGUACGGCGGUAAGGGCAAACAGCGUGACAGUCGCAUGGCGUACGAUGCCUUUUUGGCGAUGCAAUUCCAGGGUCUUCCGAUUUAUCGUGUCCGAGACGCACUGACACGCUUCAAGCAGAAUCAAGACAACGAGGCUGCCUUUGUGCUGUUUAAACAGGUUUCAAAGCGGAUAGGUGACGCUUUGAAGGACACCAAAUGCAUUGAAACUGCCACAAGACAACAUGAUGACUUCAUGGGAGUGUUAAAGAAGUCAGAUGCACUCAAGUUCGACCCAGCACGCACUGUGCAUGAUGUAUUGCGGAUCUUUUUGGCGUCGAAAAGACUGGACCUGGUCUUCGCUGCACUGGAUCAGCUCGAGUCGGAUGGAAUUCCGAUUCGGGCAGUCGAUUACGAGGACAUCUUUAGUACCAUGACCAAGACCAUGGGCAAGGAUGUCAGUGUGUACGCAGUAGAAGACCUUAUGAUGGUCUGGGAAGACAUGACGGGGCGCGGUGUAUCACCCAACAAGGCAGUGUUACGUCUGACAAUACCAGCUCUUUGUGGAAACGAGAAUGUGUGCGACAUCGACCAGUGGACACGUAGAAAGAUCGCCGUGAUACAGGGCUAUCACCUGGCCGCAAAGGAUCGUUUUGAUAACUACGUGUUGCCAAUCGCGAGUCUUUCAACGCUACUUGAAGCUGCUGCUGAGACGGGAAGCAUUGAGGACGUGAAUGCUAUUCAUGCUGGCGCGGUAAAGGCACUGGGAACGACCAUGAACAAGAAGCACCAUAGCCUUGCUGAUCACAGCAAGAUACUGGAAGCAUGGAAUGCGAUCAAAAAGAGAAAAGAAGCAACAAAAAGCUCUACCUAA